CGUGCAUUCGGCUUCCUCACUUCCUUGUCUCACCUGUCUCUGUUCAGCUGGCCCCGUCUCGCUCUCUCUCCUAUGGUUGUAGCUCCUACGGGGACCCACCAUGGCUAGCUACUCCACCAACAUGAGGGUCAAACUCCCUGUUUUCUGCUUGCUUUUAGAGGCUGUUACAAUUCUUCUUUUUGCUGUUUUUGUGAGAUAUGACACCGAGACGGAUGCCAGCGCCUGGCACGAUGCAAUGAAGGAGCACAACGUUACCAACGCCGAAAAUAAUUUUUACUAUCGCUACGCGAGUUUCCAAGAUGUCCACACCAUGAUCUUCAUCGGUUUCGGCUUUUUGAUGACCUUCCUGAAGCGUUACGGUUUCAGUAGCGUGGCCUUCAACUUCUUGAUUGCUGCCUUUGGACUUCAGUGGUCUACGCUGAUCCAAGGGUUCUUCCACGGCUUCCAUGAUGGCAAAAUUCAUGUUGGUAUAGAAAGCAUGAUCAACGCAGACUUCUGCACCGGUGCUAUUCUAAUCUCCUUUGGAGCCAUCCUGGGGAAGACCAGCCCAGUCCAGCUGAUUGUGAUGACCCUGUUCGAAGUCACGCUGUUUGGUAUCAAUGAGUACAUCAUCUUAAAUAUUGUCGGGGCUAAAGACGCUGGUGGGUCCAUGACUAUCCACACAUUUGGAGCAUAUUUUGGGUUGACCGUUUCUCGGGUUCUUUACAGACCUCACCUGGACAAGAGCCGGGAGAGGGAAGGCUCUGUGUACCACUCCGAUCUCUUUGCAAUGAUAGGAACGAUCUACCUUUGGAUGUUCUGGCCAAGUUUUAACUCUGCCAUCACAGCUCAUGGUGAUGACCAACAUCGCACAGUAUUGAACACGUACUACUCGUUAGCUGCUUGUACUUUGGGAACCUUUGCUAUUUCAGCUAUGGUCAACGGAGAAGGAAAACUGGACAUGGUCCAUAUCCAGAAUGCAGCUCUGGCGGGUGGUGUUGCGGUGGGAACCUCUGCUGAGAUGAUGCUGACUCCCUUCGGUGCCAUGAUUGCCGGAAUCCUGGCUGGCAUGAUCUCCACUUUUGGAUACAAACUGUUGACGCCGGUGCUGGAUUCCAAGUUGAAGAUCCAGGACACUUGUGGGGUACAUAACCUCCAUGGGAUGCCAGGGAUAUUGGGAGCCAUUAUUGGUGCAAUUGUGGCGUUCGCUGCUACGGCCGAUAUUUACGGUGAUGGGAUGGCUGAUGUCUUCCCAGCUAUUGCUGUUGGGUCCCGUACAGCUAAGCAGCAAGGUCUUCAGCAAUUAUUAGCCCUUUUAGUGGCUCUGUCAUUUGCCCUGGUCGGAGGCGUUAUUGUAGGCUUCAUUAUGAAGAUCCCCAUUUUUGGUGCUCCCUCUGAUGCCGAAUGUUUUGAGGACUCAAUAUACUGGGAGGUUCCUGGAGAGGAGGAACACAACCACAUGAUCGCCGUCAAUACAGAGGAUCACGAAGAACAGACCCGUGCAUGAUCCACAGACUAUGCUCCCUACCACCUUAUAGACUUGUCCCACAAGGGUGUCCACGGUUGACCGAUUGUUGCUGCCUCUGCAUCUAGCAGAACCCUUAUCUUCUGGAGCCAAACCAGAACUUUAAAUGUGAACCCUUACCUAUUAACAAGGAUGGACGACCGCCCAUUGUAGGACACACAGCUGACUCUGUAGGGUCUUCACAUUUUAUUAACCCCUCGUUUUUUUUGGCCAGGACAAUCGACGACGAAGAAGAUUUUCUUGCAUGUUCUACUAACACACAUUUUAAGUUUGAAACUCACGUUAUACAUUUCUUUUUUUUUCUGUAAAGCACUUCUAUUUUCCCUUUUUUUUCAAUAAAAUAUUGUUUAUGUUUUGAAGAAUAUCCAAAUUUUUUUUUUUUUUUGUCCAAGGCCUAAAACACUAAAUUGAAAUAAUGGAAUAAUUAUCUUUGAUGUAUUGCCAACAGAUAAAUGUUCUGAAAUUACGUGCCACCGGGAUUCUUAAUGCUUUGUAGCGUGGAAUCAACAGAAAACAUUGCCAAUUUUAUUUUUUUGUAACAGAAAUUGGCAUUCCUAUAGCUCUGUAGCAUUUCUGUACUAGCAAACCCCAUAUAUUUGGCAGGACCCUAAUAAUAUCAUAUGGUACAACACAAUUUUAUAUAAAUCCCCUUACAUACGACUUCACACGUAAUCCAAUUAUUUAUGACAACCAGAUUAUCUACCCACAGAGCUAUACUUACUCCAAGACUAUACAUAUUUACUGAGCCAUUAUUUAUAAUAAAUAUUAUUAUAAAUAAUAAAUAAAAACAUAUGGGCCACGAUCUCCAUUUAUUAAAGGGGGUUCAGAUGCACUAUACCUGGACUUCUGUUAUGACAUUCAUUGAUAUAUUAAAUAUAUAAUGGGUUUAGUCAACCAGGGUCUUGCGGGUGCAUGUAGCUAAUGGUUUUAUAAUAAAAAUACAUUUAAAAAUGAAAGUUGCUUUAUCUACCAAUGGCAUAUGUCACUGUGGUAUCUGGCCAGAGACUUAUGAAUUUAAAAUCCGGCAUGUAUGAAUAUUAGAAUAAUAACACUGACACCAGGUGUGAUGGGUUUAAAAAAAAUCCCUUUUGUAUUAAUUCCCAACACCUUGUUUACAGCUAAGCCUUCUGGGUAAUCACACGUCACAUGUCCCAUUACCCAGAAUACCCAGCUGUAGAACCAACUUUUAUCUUUAAGAAUUCAAAAUAAAACCUUUCCUUUUUUUAUAGCAA